AUGUGCAGCAGUGAAGGCAUCACUGCUUCGGUGACGUUCGAUCGACCGUUUAGCGGCAAAAUUUACUCAUUCAACUAUGGAACUGUACAUGAAUGUAUUUACUACAAUGCACUUGAUCUCGACACUGUUCUAUUCUCCAUACCUGCGCAUCGGUGUGGGACCAGGCUGAGCCGAACGAGCAGAAACAUGGUGGAUCAAAUGGAAAAUCGGGUUUAUGUGCAAAUGGAGAAGGACGCUCAAACGUCAUUAGAUCGGCAAUUUUUAUUCGUAUGCCAGCUGGCCGAUGCUAAAGACGAAAAAGAGAGGAGCAAUUUGGUGUCGGUCCGUCGUCAUCCGGUUGGUCCUACUGCAGACAGUCCUUACGUGGUACCCUCAGGGGCAGAGGCGCAAAUGCCUUUCUUGACGAAUAACGCUUUGGAACCAGUGAAUAGCGUAAGCAACAGUGUUCCACGAGUAUCUGCGGUCUCUUCGGAUGGCCAUCUGGGUAAUUGGCCCAUCCCGGGAUCUCGUCCAUACACACCAAAUGUUCAACCAGUGGCAAGUUGGCCUAAGAUCCCACUCCCAGAUCCCAUCAUCCCGACGAACCGUGCAGGUCCAGGCAAUAGUGCCACCAUUGCCUUGUCAGAAGGAGGAGGAGUUCGAGUUCCGGACGAGUAUCCCAAUGUCCCGAAGUUAGCUCCCUCUACGACUCCACGAAAUCCAUUCCUGCCACCACCUUCACCUCCUCCCACACCAGCACCAGCCAGUCCUAUCAUCCCAGCUCGAGAUGUGCCUCGACCUGCUACAGGGCUUUACGACAAGCAAGUGACUGUUGCUCAGCGUCCCGUUGAGCCCAUAGAGCCCGUAAAGACCUUUUUCACUCUGAAAACGCCUAUAGAGAUCGUUCGCCAUACGACAAGUGCCAUACCAAUGAUCCCAGCUUUACCCGCAUUACCCGCUUCAACCCCGAAUCCGCGACCCGGGACAGAAAUGAUUGUGGGUGUUGGGUAUGUGCUUCCAGAAUCUGUGCUGGCAAGAAAUGAGAUUGAUGCGGGAGUUAUUGGUAAUAAAGUCAUGUACAGAGGCAAAGCUACAGAAAUUCCUGCAUUUCCCUGGAAUCGACCCAUCCCUGCAUCUACGGAAUAUUCACCCAGAGCUCAGGAUAAUGUCCAGAGAGCUCCAACAGCCUUUGACAAAGAGAAGAAAAUGAAGAAUGAUACGCAAGGUGCCAAAGUGUUUAUCGAAGAGCACUCCAAUGUGGGCGUUGAUUUUCGAACCGAUGCUGGUGAAAAGGUUGCGUCGGCGGAGAGCGAAGAUUCCCCAAAAUCUCGCCUCAUCUCUACGCAAGAAUAUCUGGCACCGUCGCCAGAGAUGUCUCUAGAGAUACAGCAAGGUAUAGGGCCAUAUGCACCGACUGUCACUGGUCCUGUGAAAAUUGGCGACAACAUUACAUUGGUGGUACGGUCGAAAAGUCAAAUGAAAGGCGAGGAUGCGUAUGACAUGUUUGUCCAUUCAUGUUUUGCUUCUGAUGGACCUGGAGCUACCAAAAUCGACCUAAUUGAUAGAAAUGGGUGUGCCCUUCGACCACAAUUUGUAUCAGAAAUGAAUAGGACAAAAGAUCCUUCUGGAACAAUGUUUUACUUCUUCCGCAUAACAGCUUUCAAGUUUCCUGGUCCGGAUGAUGUCUAUUUCUCAUGCUCUAUAGAGAUGACUCCACUGAGGAAUGCACCGGAAAUUUGUACAUCAUCUCGACGAUAUUCGCGAGAAACAUCACCGCAAAAUGAUUUGCGACUUUUUGACAGUGUAAAAGUAGAACUUGACGAGAUAUUUGAAACACAGCGAAGAGCGGCAGAGCUCGAUGAAGAAAUCUGUUUGUCUAAGUCACUGUCUGGCAUUGUGGCCAUACUUUUCGCCACACUAUUGGUUGCUUUCAUUAGCUCAUCGUUCCUUGCCAUGUCUUUCUACUUGAGACUUUCGGAUCGGGCGAAAAAUACGAUUUAUGCACAUUAAUAGCGUUAUUUGUGUGGAAAUCUAUCUAGUGUACUGUCUCAGGUACUAUUACUUUACUUGGUAAGCUUUAGUGAGUUUGCGGUGAAUAUGAGCUUUACAUUGGUAACUGCAGUGCAUUUUACGUACCCUAUUUACCGGUGUUUUUUUUUGUUUUUAGUGUUUAAAACUGCUAGAUUUUCUCUAGCACAAUGUUCAGAUUCUAUUCAGUGUCUUUGUUAUGUUGUACAGCAUAAAGAUU